UUUUCUUUUGGAUAUUGGGGGUGACAUCUUCUAUACGUUUUUAACCCACCCAAAAUAAAACAAUAUGCUUUAGAAGUUGCAAAGGUACAGUUGUUUGGUACUGUGAUCAAUGUUUCGUGGCACCACUUUUCGUGCUGCGCCUGUUUUUUGUCGUAUUGUUGAUUCAAUGAGGCAGAGCGAACCUUUUGCGCGUCAGGGCAUUCUUUACCCCAUCCGUGUGGAGCUUGGUGAGGGUGUCGAAUCUUGUACGCCGUUUGAAUUCCAAUGUAAAAUAGACGUUUUGAUGUCGCGGUCGAAUCGAUACGCCUCGGUGAAAACUGGGAGAAUCUUUAACCGAAACAACACCGAGGCCACCAUCAUCAAGGCCUAUGGACAGUACAUCAUUACGGGCAAUAUGCGCGGGGGCUACGUAAAGGGUGAUCACCGAUACGGGCCUCGACUGACCGGUUGCGGCGGGGCAACGACAAAGCCAGGAUUACGGUGGAACGGAGAGGAUCUUUGA